GCGGGGCUGCCUGAACCUUGUGCACUUUGUCCCCUGCUGGCAACGGAUAAAAGGGGCCUGAGGAAAUACGGGGCACAUCCACCCAUGACCAAUCCUACCCUUUAAAUUCUCAGCCCCGGGAGAACCGAGCACGGCAGAAGCGCUCUGGACACCUCUCCAGCGUGCGAAGCGCCGGGAAGGGCUUGGGGCGCCAACUCGAGCGAUCGCCCGGCUAGAGGCGGGUUGCCGGAAUUAACCCCCUUCCGUCUCGAGCCUUGGGAGCGUGAUUCCAGCGGCGUGGAGCCAGGAUGCCGGCGCACAUGCUGCCGGAGAUCUCCAGCACCUACACAACCACCAUCACAGCGCCUCCAUCUGGGGACUUGAAGAAUGAGAAAGAAAACUUAGAAAAGACUCUCCGGGACUUGGGAGACCACAUCCGCCCUGAAAUGAAAGAAGACAUCCGUGACCCCACCUACCAGGAUGAGGUGGGCCCCCCUCCGAAGCUGGAGUACGUGUGGAGAAACAUCAUCCUCAUGGCUCUGCUGCACCUGGGAGCCCUCUAUGGGCUCUUACUGGUUCCUGCCUGCAAGGCCUACACCUGGCUCUGGGCAUAUGUUUGCUAUAUAAUCAGUGGCCUGGGCAUCACAGCAGGGGCGCAUCGCCUGUGGAGCCACCGGACUUACAAAGCACGGCUGCCUCUCAGGAUCUUCCUCAUCAUUGCCAACACCAUGGCGUUCCAGAAUGACGUAUAUGAAUGGGCCCGAGAUCACCGCGCCCACCAUAAGUUCUCCGAAACUCAUGCUGAUCCUCACAAUUCUCGCCGUGGCUUUUUCUUCUCUCACGUGGGUUGGCUGCUUGUGCGCAAACACCCAGCUGUCAAGGAGAAGGGUGGUUUGCUGGACAUGUCUGACCUCAAAGCGGAGAAACUGGUGAUGUUCCAGAGGAGGUACUACAAGCCUGGUCUCCUGUUGAUAUGCUUCAUCCUGCCCACCUUGGUGCCCUGGUACUUUUGGGGUGAAACUUUUAAACACAGCUUGUUUGUUGCCGCUUUCCUGAGAUAUGCCAUCGUGCUCAAUGCCACCUGGCUGGUGAACAGUGCUGCCCACCUCUAUGGAUACCGCCCAUAUGACAAGAACAUUGAGUCUCGGGAGAACAUCCUGGUUUCACUGGGAGCUGUGGGUGAAGGCUUCCACAACUACCACCACACCUUCCCCUAUGACUACUCUGCCAGUGAGUACCGCUGGCACAUCAACCUUACCACAUUCUUCAUCGAUUGCAUGGCUGCCCUUGGCCUGGCGUAUGAUCGGAAAAAGGUAUCCAAGGCCGCUGUCUUGGCCAGGAUUAAAAGAACUGGAGAUGGAACCCAUAAGAGUAGUUGAGUUCGGGAUUGUCCAGGUUCCUAUUCCAGGAGCCAGCUAGGCAGAAGUUUAAUUAACUACUGAGUAAUGCUACCAGGAUGCUAAAGGUGACCUUAAUCUAUUCUGGUACAGUAUUCUUUUUAAAUGGAAUUUUGAUAACUUUUUUGAGGUAAUAUGUAUUUUAAUUAGGUAGAGUUAAUGAUUUUACAACAUAUACUUUCAAGAAAUGUAUACAAUUUUAUGUGUGAAUUUUUAAAAAUGAAUAAAUUUGAACAUGAUA